AUGUGGCCCUCACUCUCAGAUACCUCGAUCAUCGGCUUUCUGUUCUUUUUGGUCCUCUAUCUAUGGCCUCGGCGUCGUCAAGAUCCAAAUUGGACAUACCGACAAGCGAUCACAUGUGCCCUUAUGAAGGUUGGGCUGCAGAAAUUUGUGACCUUCCGGAUCAAGCCAUCACUAUCCUUGAAGACGGGGCGGGAAAAAGAGCGUUUCGUUCUAGUCGAUCCGGCGUUACCAGAAGCAUAUUCCGGGGUGGCAGAGGACAACAAUAUCUGGCCGGAAACUAUCGGAGGCACCUGGUACCCAAAUCGUUUCACUUCAGAUACUACCGUUCCUGAGGGCCAACAUAUCAUUCUCCAUUUCCAUGGCGGUUCCUACGUAAUGGGUGAUGGUCGCACCAAGUCCACUGGCUUCCUAGCUCGCAAUCUUUUGGACAGCACUUCCGCCCUCUAUGUUUUCUGUCCGCAGUACAGAUUAUCCGGUCAACCACAGGGGCGUUUCCCUGCACAGCUCCAAGAUGCCAUCUCCUCAUACUCCUAUCUUGUUUAUACACUCCACAUACCAGCCUCGCAAAUUAUUUUGAGUGGUGAUAGUGCAGGGGCGCACCUGGUUCUCGGACUUCUCAGAUAUAUCGUUCAGAUGGAUAAUCCAUUUAUCCUUCCUGCGCCAUUAUGCAAUUGGCUCUUCUCGCCAUGGUGCGACGUUCCAGCUGCCAUCGACACCUCCGACUGGCGCAGAGACCCUAAUUACGCAACUGAAUAUAUCCCUGCGACCCUUCCAGCUUGGGGAGCAAAGAAUUAUCUCAGAGACCUUGACAUCACUGGUCCCAUCGAGGAACAAGUUGUGCCGCUGAGACAUCCGUUUAUAUUGCCCUCGCCACUGCUUAUAGUUACUGGAGGGAGAGAAAUCCUAUUACAACAACACUUGCAACUUGCACAGGGCUUCUUGAAGAUACCAGAGAAUAUGGAUUGUGUUGAACUAUAUAAGGAAGACGGGGUUCCGCACGAUGUUUUGGCCAUUGGUGGAAUUGCGAAUUUCCGCCACCAGGCACUUAGAUGCGCGAGGAACGCGGGGGAUUUCCUUCGAAAUCUACGACCUGAAAGACCAGCGUUUAAAGCGGAAUUUUUCACGGUCUCAAAUGAUAAUUUUGAGGAUCCGAAUAAUGAGAAGGCUGGAACAUAG